AAACCCAAACAAUUAUAUCAAAAAACAGUUCAUACAUUUUCUCUCUAAGAGAAUGGUUUCGAUCAUUUUCUUCAUUCUAGCCAUUUUUUUGAGUUCCAGAACUUCAGGAGCCACUUCUCGUGCGGGGCUCUUGGAACCUUCCGCCACGGAUAAACACGAGCAAUGGAUGGCUCGGUUCCGUCGUGUUUACUCUCAUGAAUCUGAAAAAGCAAAAAGGUUCGAGAUCUUUAAGAAGAACUUGAAGUUCGUCGAGAGCUUCAACAUGAACGCAAGCAUAACGUACAAGUUGGAUGUCAACGAGUUCUCUGAUCUCACCGACGAGGAGUUCCGGGCGAGGUACAUGGGGCUAGUGGUUCCCGAGGGCAUGACCGGAGUCUCAACAUCCAACGAAACGUCGUCGUUUAGAUACGAAAGUGUGAGUGAAACCGGCGAGAGCAUGGAUUGGAGACAGGAGGGUGCUGUUACAUCCGUUAAGAACCAAGGCCAAUGUGCGGAUACGAAACGGUUCCAAGUGACGACGAGGAAGCAUUGUUAAAAGCGGUGUCUCAACAGCCUGUUUCCGUGGUGAUAGAUGGGUCGGGGGAUGCGUUUAAGUACUAUUCCGGCGGCGUAUUCGACGGAGAAUGCGGGACGGAAAUGAGUCAUGCGGUUACGAUUGUUGGUUAUGGGACGAGUGAAGAAGGGACUAAGUAUUGGUUGUUGAAGAACUCGUGGGGAGAGACUUGGGGAGAAAAUGGUUACAUGAGAAUCAAGAGAGACGUUGAUGCACCCCAAGGAAUGUGUGGUUUGGCCAGACUUUCUUUCUAUCCAAUUGCUUGA